CCUCCCACCAUGCACACUCACCACGAUCUUUCUAGUCAUGGAGGACUUGAGAACCACCACCACAUUGUUCUUCUUCUUUGCCCUUCUUAUCUCAGCAGCCAAAGCUGCUGAUCCUUGUGCGUCCCAAUCCGACGGCUCAGGCGUCUCCGUCAUUCCCAUCUACGGCAAAUGCUCUCCCUUCGACAAGCCCAAGACCGGCUCGUUGGUGGACACCGUCGUGAACAUGGCCUCAAAGGACUCGGAAAGGGUCAGAUACUUGGCAAGCCUAGGGGCCCAGAAAAAGGUAACCUCGGCCCCAAUUGCAUCGGCCCAGCAACUCUUCAAUAUUGCCAACUAUGUUGUCCGAGUCACACUCGGUACACCGGGUCAGCUCAUGUUCAUGGUCCUCGACACCAGCUACGACGCUGCGUGGGCCCCAUGUUCCGGGUGCGCCGGGUGCUCCAACGCCACGUUCUCACCCAACACUUCCUCCACUUACGGGUCGCUGGAUUGCUCGGUGUCCCAAUGCUCUCAGGCCCGUGGACUCACGUGCCCGGCCACGGGGUCCAGUCCGUGCCUAUUUAACCAAUCCUACGGUGGAGAUUCGUCUUUCUCAGGUACCCUUGUGCAAGAUUCUCUAGGAUUAGGCAAUGAUGUGGUUCCAAAUUACGUUUUCGGGUGCGUCAGCGCCAUAAGUGGCGGGUCAACACCGCCCCAAGGGUUAUUGGGUCUGGGUCGUGGGCCCUUGUCACUGCUGUCACAAUCCGGGUCACUCUACUCGGGCGUGUUCUCAUACUGUCUACCCAGCUUCAAAUCCUACUACUUCUCUGGGUCACUCAAGCUGGGCCCAUCCGGCCAACCCAAGAUCAUCCGGACCACCCCACUUCUCCGCAACCCGCACCGCCCAUCCUUGUACUACGUGAACCUCACAGGAGUCAGCAUUGGCCGUGUUCUCGUCCCCAUUGCUCCAGAGCUUCUAGCGUUCGAUCCCAACACCGGAGCCGGAACCAUCAUAGACUCGGGCACGGUCGUGACCCGGUUCGUCCAACCCGUUUACACGGCCAUACGGGACGAGUUCAGAAAUCAAGUGAAAGGAACAUUUUCGUCGCUGGGAGUGUUCGACACGUGCUUUGCUGCCAGCAGUGAAGCUGUGGCACCACCGGUGAAGUUGCAUUUCACCGGCUUGGACUUGACGCUGCCAAUGGAGAACAGCUUGAUCCACAGCAGCUCAGGGCCUCUGGCGUGCUUGGCUAUGGCUGCGGCGCCUAAUAACGUGAACUCGGUGUUGAAUAUUAUAGCCACGCUGCAGCAGCAGAACCAUCGGAUUUUGUUUGAUGUUACCAACUCUCUCGUGGGAAUUGCACGUGAGCUCUGUAACUAGCUUUAGCUGGCUUGUGUGAUUAUAUAUUUUCUGUCUUGAUGCCAUGCAAAAUACGUACGCGGUGAGAAAAAUAAUUACGAUAAGCCGUAAUGUUUCAUUGUUUUGGAUAA